CUGGAGCCUUUCGUCCCUUCAGCUCGACUCGGUCAGUUCGAAUCGAUGUUCUCGGGGAUAGCCUAGAACCUCCCAAGCGACUCUACCACAAGAGCCCUAGCUGGGGAAGAGACAACCCAAACUCACAUCAUCAGUCAUGGCAUCAAUUUACCAAACAUUUGUUGACGAUGCCAGCUCACAACGGCGAAAAGCAAGCAGCACACGCACCUCCGGAAAACGCAAAGUGUACGGCAAACGAAAAAUAGACGCGCCGAGAGCAGUAUUUGAACAGCGAAGCCCGGCAAAAGUUCGGGAGAUCACAGAAGUGGAGAGAGUUCAAGAUGCCGUGGCCAGUCUCGAGACAAAGCUAGCAAGAGUCCGGAUUACCGAGAGUAUUGUCGAAAAGAAUGAGCGGGAGAAUUACUAUGGCGAGACUAUUCAUUAUUCGACUGAAAGUUCUUCAUAUAUCUCCGAUGGGACACCCGGGCCCGUACAAGUACCGCUUGCAGAUUCGGCGCCAAUUGCAGAAACUCCCCAGAAGAGUGCCCCGAUAACUUCGAAAAAACAUCAAACAAUGGUCGAGGUGAGGAUAACCCCAAGGGUUAUCCCCGAUGAGCCUCGGGGGCAGACGAAUGGAUCCCCAACGGAAUCAUCAAGUUCUAAGUCCACCUCAAAGCGAAACACAAAGAAAGAAAAGUCGUCACGACGAGUGUCAUCCGACUAUGUGUCUAACGAGAAGGUGACCUCAUACGUCCGCUCUAUUCUAAACGAAUCAAUGUCCCCAGUAGCGGCACAGGGCAUUCAAAGGUUCGAUGCGUGGGCUGCACGUGCGGGCGAAAUGUUGGAAGUUGUGAAACUAGCAGAAGGCUCUUACGGAGAGGUAUAUAAGCUCAAACUGCGGGGGGAUGUAUGUGAGAAGGAAAUCUCCAAGUCCAAGCUCGUGCGCCUCAGGGCAUACGGCGAUGGUGUAUUCAAAGUUGUCCCCUUGCGAGCCCAGAGCGGUCCCGGUUCAAAGAAAUUCACCAGCAUUGAAGAGAUCGUGGCGGAGAUCAAGAUGUUGAAGUAUCUGGAUCCCAUACCAGGAUUUGCCCGGUUUAGGGAAAUCCAUGUUGUUCAGGGCAGGUUUCCAAAGGCCUUCCAAGAAGCAUGGGAUCAAUAUAAGAAAACGAAGGACGACUGUCUCAAUCCGAACCCAUCCAGUAAAAGAGCAUACCCUGACUCACAGAUAUGGGGUAUCGUUGAGAUGGAUGAUGCUGGUUGUGAACUCGAGAAGUUUUCUUGGUCGUCGAUUUUCCAGGUCUACGAUAUAUUUUGGGGUGUUGCGAUGGCUUUGGCUCGCGCUGAGGAAUAUGCUCUAUUCGAGCAUCGCGAUCUCCACCUGGGAAAUGUCUGCAUUCGGAGCGCGCGACCAGACGGCUGUAUGAAUCCACCAUCUGACUUGGAAAUCAUGCAUCAGUCUUACUCAAGUGGCUUUGGACUUAGCACACUUGAGACGACUCUCAUAGACUAUUCGCUCUCGCGUGCCGAACUGGUGAUAGACGAGGCCGCGCAGCUGGUGGAAACCACAUCUUCAGAUUUGGAUAAAAAGCAGAUCUUCGACGCUAUUGGCCAUGACGAAGAUGAUGCUUUGCUGAGAGACACAUACCGGCAUAUGCGGGCUCAAUUAUAUAGUGGAGAUCCACUUAACACAGAGAAAACACCUGACGUGCCCGGGAUCUGGGCUGAAUAUGCUCCCCGGACGAAUCUUGUCUGGCUUCGGUUUCUUCUCAAAAUGCUGCUGAAGAACAGAAAGCCUGAAACUCGGAAAUCCGCAGGUCGGGCCAUGCGACAGCCUCUCGCUCCAUGCACGCCCAACAGAGAUAUCAGGAAAGCAGUCAAAUCAGGCAAGAAGCGCGAGACUGGCCAAGAAAUGACAUCUGCUGAAGAAACUUAUGACAAAGUCUCGCAGCUCAAGCAAACAUUGGAAGAUAGGCUGAACGCCAUUCUUGAGCUCCUAGACCUUGAACAUGGGGACAAAGAUAUGUGCUGCACUGCGGAUCUUGUCGCUUUCGCUCUCGAUGCCCAGUGGUUGGACGAAAGGGAUUUUUCCUUUGCAGAAUAGAUGUGGGAAUAGUAAUCUUGAUUUCUUGUUCUUCCUUGGCCCUUUUAUAGCAUGGCGGUUGGAUAUAUGUGACGGCGUUGGAGCAUUUGCUUGGAGUUAUUAGACUUUAUUACUGGUUCACAACAACAUAUACCCUUUCGACUUCACAAAUCUGUCAACAUCAUAACUGAUAUAAGUUCAGCUCACGGAAAGUGAAUGUGUAUAUGACUGAAUAUCUCGCCAAAGGCUAGAUAGAUAGAUAUCUGCCGGUGGAAAUGGGCCGUGUGCC